CUCUGAAACAACUAUUGUUACUUUUCGUGUCCCAUUUUAUAGUGCAAUCCGUAAGCUUUUCUUUUUUCAUGUUCGUCGUCUUUUCUAAGCGCUAAGCUUCGACGAGCUUCUCUAGUCACGUCGGACAUGAAAAGCGCGCUUUACAUCGCGUUCAAAGUGCAGUGCAGUGCUUCUUAAUGGAGUGUGCCGACAUCGUGUAGCCACUUUCGUCGUGUUUCUCGUUACUCGCAUAAGGCGGAGUGCCGACAACCACGACUUGAGAGAUGGUCAUCGUCACGCGGGGAGAUUACAUAUGGAUCGAACCAAUCUCAGGGAGAGAAUUUGACGUUGCGAUCGGAGCACGAGUAAUUUCUGCAGAAGGUAGACGUAUUCAAGUGAAAGACGACGAUAACAAGGAACAAUGGCUAACUCCGGAAAGGCGAAUAAAGGCGAUGCAUGCCACUUCUGUGCAAGGUGUAGAAGAUAUGAUCAGCUUAGGAGACCUCCAUGAAGCGGGCAUUCUAAGGAAUUUGUUGAUCCGCUACAACGAGAAUCUCAUAUACACCUACACGGGUUCCAUUCUAGUGGCUGUGAAUCCGUAUCAGAUAUUGCCUAUUUAUACCGCGGAACAAAUCAAACUGUACAAGGAUCGCAAAAUCGGAGAGCUGCCACCACAUAUAUUCGCCAUCGGAGACAAUAGUUACGCGCAUAUGAAUCGAUAUGGUCAAGAUCAGUGCAUAGUGAUCAGCGGCGAAAGCGGAGCCGGCAAAACGGAAAGUACGAAACUAAUUUUGCAAUAUUUGGCAGCGAUUAGCGGCAAGCAUUCUUGGAUCGAACAGCAAAUUUUGGAAGCGAAUCCCAUCUUGGAAGCAUUCGGUAAUGCUAAAACCGUACGAAACGACAAUUCGUCUCGUUUUGGAAAGUAUAUCGACAUUCACUUCAACGAACAAGGGGUAAUAGAAGGAGCGAAAAUCGAGCAAUACUUGCUGGAGAAAUCGCGUAUAGUCUCGCAAAGUCUGGACGAGCGAAAUUAUCAUGUAUUUUAUUGUAUGCUGGCUGGUCUAUCGAAAGAAGAGAAGCAAAAGUUGGAACUGGAAGAUGCCUCUUCGUACAAAUAUUUAACAGGGGGAGGUAGUAUCACGUGCGAAGGUCGAGACGACGCUGCAGAGUUUGCCGACAUCAGAUCAGCAAUGAAGGUUCUGUUGUUUUCCGACGCAGAGAUAUGGGAGAUACUUAAGUUGCUUGCUGCCCUAUUACACAUGGGAAAUGUCAAGUAUAGAGCUACUGUCGUAGAUAAUUUGGACGCUACUGAAAUUCCAGAACAAACAAACGUUCAGAGGGUAGCGCAUCUGCUGGGCGUACCUGUUCAGUCUUUGAUUGAUGCUCUUACCCGCAAAACGAUAUUCGCUCACGGUGAGACUGUUGUUUCCACGUUGUCCAGGGAUCAAUCGGUGGAUAUCAGAGAUGCGUUCGUUAAGGGUAUAUACGGACGUUUGUUCGUGCAUAUCGUGAAAAAGAUAAACGAAGCAAUUUAUAGGCCCAAGAAUACAUCAAGAAGCGCUAUCGGUGUAUUGGAUAUAUUCGGCUUUGAAAAUUUCAGUCACAAUAGUUUUGAACAAUUUUGCAUCAAUUAUGCCAACGAAAAUCUACAACAAUUUUUCGUACAACAUAUAUUUAAGCUCGAACAAGAAGAAUACAAUCACGAAGGUAUUAACUGGCAGCACAUCGAGUUCGUCGACAAUCAAGAUGCACUCGAUUUAAUAGCUAUCAAACAGCUGAAUAUCAUGGCUUUAAUCGAUGAAGAAUCAAAAUUUCCCAAAGGCACGGACCAAACCAUGUUAGCUAAGAUACACAAAACUCAUGGAACCCAUCGAAAUUAUUUGAAACCAAAAUCAGAUAUCAAUACCUCUUUCGGCUUAAAUCACUUCGCCGGUGUCGUGUUCUAUGAUACUAGGAGCUUUCUCGAGAAGAACAGAGAUACGUUCAGUGCUGAUUUGUUGCAACUAAUUCAUAUAUCAUCGAACAAGUUUCUCCAAGCAUGUUUCGCCGAGGAUAUAGGUAUGGGAUCGGAAACCAGAAAAAGAGCACCUACAUUGUCCACUCAGUUCAAAAAGUCAUUAGAUUCUCUAAUGAAAACGUUGUGCAGUUGUCAGCCUUUUUUCAUCAGGUGCAUAAAACCGAAUGAAUACAAGAAACCGAUGAUGUUUGACAGAGGUCUCUGCUGUCGACAAUUGAGAUACUCCGGAAUGAUGGAAACGAUUCGAAUUCGUAGAGCAGGUUAUCCGAUUAGACACUCCUUUCCGGAAUUUGUUGAAAGAUAUCGAUUUCUGAUUCCCGGUAUACCUCCAGCACAUAAAGUCGACUGUCGCGCGGUUACGUCGAAAAUCUGUCACAUAGUGUUAGGAAGAUCCGAUUAUCAACUCGGACACACGAAGGUGUUUCUAAAAGACGCUCAUGACUUGUUCUUAGAGCAGGAGCGUGAUCGCGUUCUGACGCGAAAGAUUCUAAUACUUCAACGUAACAUACGUGGUUGGGUUUACAGAAGAAGGUUUCUUCGUAUGAGAGCCGCCGCAACGGUUGUUCAAAAGUAUUGGAGGGGUUAUGCACAACGGCAAAGAUAUAAACGUAUGCGUAUCGGUUAUAUGCGACUUCAAGCGCUAAUCAGAUCACGAGUGUUAUCGCACAGAUUUAGGCAUCUCAGAGGACACAUAGUCGCUCUUCAGGCUCGAGCUAGGGGCUAUUUGGUUCGUAAAAUGUAUCAAAAGAAAUUGUGGGCAAUUGUUAAGAUACAAGCUCACGUUCGAAGAUUGAUCGCACAAAGACGCUACAAAAAGAUUAAGUACGAAUAUCGGUUGCAUGUCGAGGCGUUGAGGCUGCGAAAGAAGGAAGAGCGAGAAUUAAAGGAUCAAGGAAAUAAACGAGCGAAAGAAAUCGCCGAGCAAAACUACAGAGAACGAAUGCAAGAGUUGGAAAGAAAAGAAAUAGAGAUGGAGCUAGAAGAUCGGCGGAGAAUGGAGAUAAAAAAGAAUCUCAUAAAUGAUGCUGCAAAAAAACAGGAUGAACCGGUCGACGAUAGCAAAUUGGUCGAAGCGAUGUUUGAUUUUCUGCCGGAUUCAAGUAGCGAAGCUCCCACUCCUGCCAGGGAAACUUCUGUGUUCAACGAUCUACCGGCUCCAAAGGCGGAUCAACAGGAGAUCAUCAGUCCUGUUCAGACAGCAUCGGAGGAUGAGGAAGAUUUGUCUGAGUUCAAGUUUCAAAAAUUCGCGGCAACCUAUUUCCAAGGAAACAUCACGCAUCAGUAUUCGAGAAAGCCAUUAAAACAUCCACUGUUGCCUUUGCACACACAAGGAGAUCAACUGGCUGCACAAGCAUUAUGGAUUACGAUUCUCCGUUUCACCGGGGACUUACCUGAGCCCAGAUUUCAUACUAUGGACAGGGACACGACAUCGGUCAUGUCAAAGGUGACAGCGACGCUUGGUCGUAAUUUUAUACGAAGCAAAGAGUUUCAAGAGGCUCAAAUGAUGGGCGUAGAUCCGGAGACUUUUCUCAGGCAGAAACCGCGCUCGAUAAGACACAAGCUGGUCUCAUUGACGUUAAAACGGAAAAAUAAAUUGGGCGAAGAUGUAAGGCGAAAGUUGCAAGAGGAUGAAUACACGGCAGAUAGCUAUCAGUCCUGGUUGGAAGCGAGGCCCACUUCGAAUCUUGAGAAACUUCAUUUCAUUAUCGGUCACGGAAUACUACGCGCGGAACUAAGGGACGAAAUAUACUGUCAAAUAUGUAAACAACUGACGAACAAUCCUUCCAAGUCGUCACACGCUCGCGGUUGGAUCUUGCUUUCAUUAUGCGUGGGGUGUUUCGCACCGUCUGAGAAGUUUGUCAAUUAUUUACGUGCAUUCAUCAGGGAAGGACCACCUGGAUACGCGCCGUAUUGCGAGGAUCGGCUAAAGAGAACCUUCAAUAACGGAACUCGUAAUCAACCACCGAGUUGGUUGGAACUUCAAGCGACAAAGUCGAAGAAGCCAAUCAUGUUACCAAUUACAUUUAUGGACGGUAACACUAAGACGUUACUCGCUGAUUCCGCAACCACGGCCAGGGAGCUGUGCAAUCAGCUGUCUGAUAAGAUAUCAUUGCGCGAUCAGUUCGGCUUCUCCCUUUAUAUCGCGUUAUUUGAUAAAGUAUCUUCGCUGGGUAGCGGUGGAGAUCACGUAAUGGACGCCAUCUCUCAGUGUGAGCAGUAUGCCAAGGAACAAGGUGCUCAAGAACGAAACGCUCCGUGGAGGUUGUUCUUUAGGAAAGAAAUAUUCGCGCCUUGGCACGAACCAACCGAAGACCAAGUUGCUACCAAUUUAAUUUACCAACAGGUGGUUAGAGGGGUGAAAUUCGGGGAGUAUCGUUGUGAUAAAGAAGAAGAUUUAGCGAUGAUCGCCGCUCAACAAUACUACAUCGAAUAUCACACUGACAUGAACGUUGACAGGCUGUAUACUCUUUUGCCAAAUUACAUUCCGGAUUACUGCCUGACAGGUAUCGACAAGGCGAUCGACAGAUGGGGACAUCUUGUUCUACAAGCGUAUAAGAAGAGUUAUUAUUUAAAGGAAAAGGUACCUGCUUUACGCGUUAAAGAAGAUAUCGUCGGCUAUGCCAAAUUUAAAUGGCCAUUGCUCUUUUCUCGCUUCUACGAAGCAUAUAGAAAUUCCGGCCCAAAUUUGCCGAAGAACGACGUUAUCAUAGCCGUGAAUUGGACCGGAGUGUAUGUCGUAGACGAUCAAGAACAAGUACUUCUCGAAUUGUCGUUUCCCGAAAUCACCACCGUGUCUAGUCAAAAAACGAAUAAAAUGUUCACGCAAACCUUUAACUUAUCAACGGUGCGAGGAGAAGAGUUUACUUUCCAAAGCCCCAACGCCGAAGAUAUUCGCGAUCUAGUGGUAUACUUUUUAGAAGGUUUGAAGAAGCGUAGUAAAUACGUUAUUGCUUUGCAAGAUUACAAAGCACCCGGCGAAGGUUCGUCGUUCUUGACAUUUCAAAAGGGGGAUCUUAUUAUUCUGGAGGAUGAAAGUACCGGCGAAACUGUCCUUAAUUCGGGAUGGUGCAUUGGCACGUGUGAAAGAACUGGCGAAAAAGGCGAUUUUCCAGCCGAAACAGUUUAUGUUUUGCCUUCGCUGACAAAACCUCCAACCGAUAUCUUGUCCUUAUUCAGUAUCGAAGGAACGGAAAAUGGCCGAAAAUUAUAUCCGCAGCAAGUGAACGGAGUAGAAUCUCGUGACAAACCUCACACUCUCUUAGAAUACGCUAUCGAUCAUUUUCGGACACCACCAAAGAGGACAAUGUCGAAGGCGUUGACCCUGACGACAGCGAGACGCGGCCACACUGAUGAGUUGUGGCAUCAUUCUAGAGAUCCUAUCAAACAGCCUCUCUUAAAAAAAUUGAUAUCCAAAGAAGAAUUAGCAGAAGAAGCGUGUUUUGCUUUCAACGCUAUAUUAAAAUACAUGGGUGAUCUGCCAACUAAAAGACCGCGAAUUGGCAACGAGUACACCGAUCUCAUUUUUGAUGGGCCAUUAAAGAAUGAAAUUCUUCGAGACGAAAUUUAUUGUCAAAUCAUGAAGCAACUAACCGAUAAUCGGAACCGUGUAAGCGAAGAGCGUGGUUGGGAGCUAAUGUGGCUCGCCACUGGUCUCUUCACUUGCAGCCAAAGUCUUUUGAAGGAACUAACUCUUUUUUUACGUACAAGACGGCAUCCCAUAUCUCAAGACUCUCUACAGAGGUUACAAAAAACUUUACGUAACGGUCAGAGAAAGUAUCCUCCGCACCAAGUAGAAGUCGAAGCUAUACAACACAAAACAACCCAAAUAUUUCAUAAAGUUUAUUUCCCCGAUGAUACGGACGAAGCAUUCGAAGUGGAUUCAUCAACAAGAGCGAAAGAUUUUUGCCAGAACAUCGCGCAAAGACUGAAUUUAAGAUCUGCAGAAGGAUUCAGUCUGUUUGUAAAGAUCGCGGACAAGGUCAUUUCAGUUCCAGAAGGCGAUUUUUUUUUUGAUUUUGUUCGACAUUUGACGGAUUGGAUAAGGAAAGCUCGUCCAUCUCGAGAUGGUGUAUCACCCCAGUUUACGUAUCAAGUGUUUUUUAUGAAGAAACUAUGGACCAACACUGUUCCUGGAAAAGAUAGAAAUGCAGACCUUAUUUUCCACUUUCACCAAGAGCUUCCUAAAUUAUUAAGAGGAUAUCAUAAAUGUACUAAAGAAGAAGCAUCGAGAUUAGCAGCAUUGGUAUACAGAGUCCGUUUUGGCGAGAGUAAACAGGAACUUCAAGCGAUUCCGCAAAUGUUAAGGGAACUUAUACCCGGAGAUUUAGUAAAGGUACAAAGCUCCAAUGACUGGAAAAGAUCUAUAAUAGCAGCGUACAAUCAAGAUGCCGGUAUGAGCCCAGAAGAUGCCAAAAUAACAUUUUUGAAAAUUGUUUAUCGAUGGCCAACCUUUGGUUCAGCGUUUUUCGAAGUUAAACAAAGUACAGAACCAAAUUAUCCAGAAUUGUUGUUAAUUGCUAUAAAUAAGCACGGUGUAAGCCUCAUACAUCCGCAAACGAAAGACAUACUAAUAACACAUCCUUUUACCAGAAUCUCAAAUUGGUCAUCCGGUAAUACUUAUUUUCAUAUGACGAUUGGAAAUUUAGUCCGCGGUUCGAAAUUACUAUGUGAAACUUCUCUCGGAUAUAAAAUGGACGAUCUUUUAACUUCGUAUAUUUCGUUAAUGCUCACAAAUAUGAAUAAACAACGUACGAUACGGAUAAAUUAAAUGCACUCGUAUUCGACCAUGUUGAUUCGUCGUUGUUAUUCGUAAAAUUAAACGUGCGCAAAAUGGCAGAAUAAAGUUGUGAAAUAUAAAGGAGAAAGAAACAUCAAACAGUUCGACGAUUGUAAUUAAAAAUUUUCAUUUUACAAUGCUCAUCACUUUUGAUUUCUACGGAAAAAUUAAUUUAUACGGUAAUUUAUCUCGAUAUAACAAUAAUUUCUGUAACUAUAGGUACGCGCGAAAAAUGCAAUUUUUUACAU